GUCAAUGAAUACUCACUAUUCAGUAUUGCCACGUUCUGUCGUUCGUAUAGUAUCUUACACAUUUUAGUCAUCAUGGCAUCAGAAAUACCUGCUAUAGAUUCGCUUGUACAACAAGCCUCUGCUGGAUUCAAGAAACAGUUUGGGGGUGAACCCCAGGUCGCCGCCCGUGCCCCGGGGCGGGUAAAUUUGAUCGGGGAGCACACGGAUUAUAAUGAUGGCUAUGUGUUUCCUAUGGCGUUGCCAUUGGUAACGGUUGUCGUUGGAAGAAAAAUCGAGGGAACUGUAUGUCGUGUGUCGACCUUAGAACAAUCUGCCAAUGGAUCAAGCGUGGUCGAGUUCCAGGUACCUUCAGCAGCUUCACCUCUUAAACCUGGUGCGCCAAAGUGGGCGAAUUACGUCAAAGGAGUUGUUGCCAAAUUUAUAGGUACAGUUCCAGCUUUCGAGGCAACAAUCGUCACAUCUGUCCCACUUGGUGGUGGAGUUUCUAGUUCUGCUUCCCUGGAGGUCGCCAUGUACACAUUCCUAGAAAACCUGGCUGGUGGACCUGAUCCUAACAUCAAACCUUCACAAAAAGCAGUUGCUUGUCAGAUGGCAGAACAUGAUUUUGCUGGGAUGCCUUGUGGGAUCAUGGAUCAAUAUAUCGCAGUGAUGGGUAAAAAGGGACACGCCCUUCUCAUUGACUGCAGAUCAUUAGAAGUAAAAUUGGUUCCUUUAUCAAAUCCUGAAGUUGUGGUCCUGAUUAUAAAUUCCAAUGUGAAACACGAACUGACUGGUUCUGAAUAUCCAACACGCAGACGACAAUGUGAAACAACCGCUAAAUUAAUGGGCAAGCAGAGUUUGAGAGAUGCCAGCGAACAAGAUUUGGAAGAUUUUAAAGAUAAAUUAGACAUGGAGACGUAUAGACGAAUUCGACACGUCAUCACAGAGAUUGCUCGUACCGAUGAAGCAGCGAGAGCCCUAGAGAACAAUGAAUAUGCCAAGUUCGGUCAACUCAUGGUUCUAAGUCAUAAUUCACUACGAGAUGACUAUGAAGUAUCCUGUCCAGAACUAGAUCAACUGGUAGAAGCUGCUAUGGAAGUUGAUGGUGUUUAUGGAUCACGUAUGACUGGUGGUGGAUUUGGUGGUUGUACUGUAUCUCUAGUCAAACGUGAAUCAGUAAAUAAAGUCAUCGAUCAUGUCCAGGGUCGUUAUAAAGGUAAACCAACAUUCUUCAUAUGUGAGCCAUCAGAUGGUGCUGGUUUUAUUAAGUUAUGAUGUGACAGGCAGACAGAUCAACGACAAACACUGUAUUAAUCAGCUUCACCGUCAUCAUUUUCAUCAUCGUUAUCAUCAAUCAAAUACUCUGCUGAAUAUAGGUUUUUACUGCUUUGGGAAAAGGAAACAAGGAUUAGUCAAUUGUCACCAGAAGUACAGCCAGAUCUUUGUUAAGAUGUGGGAGUGGUUUGGAAUGUACAGAGAUAUAUUUUUUAGUAUUUAAUGUUGAAUAAGUGUUAUAUAAACCUGUUUGGAGUGAUAUAUAUAUAUAUUUAUUUAUAAAAGUCAUCCCUGAAUCAGGGCGUGGUUUUGUAGCUCCGCCCCAUUUUAACCAUCUGGCUGUUCGUCCGGUGUUUGGCCAUUCCUUGUCUUUAAGCUUUUACCUAUUUGAGAUCAGAGUUUGUGGGAUAAUUAUUAAUACAUGCAUGAAUAAGUCUUUUUGUGGGAGCUUCUUUUAUAUAUGUUUUAAAAAAGAGUUUCCAUUUUAUUCCAAGAUAUGAACCGGUGUCAAUUAUUCUGUGUUUUUACACUAAAUUUAUGCGAGAAUCGAGAAAUAUAUACCAUGAAGAUUGAUAGAAUAUAAUAAAUAAUGAUGUCAUAUUUUCAUUCCCGACAUAAUUAAACUUUAUAAUAUAGACUAUGUUAGCUAAAUUCAUUAAUAAUGUAUCAUUUAUUUUAACUAGCUUUCCAUUUAUUGGGUUAUUUCCUUUUAUGGUUUUGAGCUAUGAUUAUUUUUAGCAGAAUGUUAAUCUUAAUAGCUAAUUCUACAAGAUGUCAAUUGAUUGAUAUUUGUGAAGUCAAUAUGGUACAGGGCAUUCAAAAACUGUACUAGGUUUUUUUUAUAUCUGGCCAAUCUUUUAGUUUAAAUUAAACAGUGCGAAGUUACAAACAGUAUCCUAGAACAACUCCAAGAUGGGGACGACUUCUACCCGAAUUUUAUGAAAUAAGAAGCCGUGUGGCAAUAUCUCCGCUCAUUUUAGUGCAUUACAGUGAAAUUGAGAUCAAAAACCACAACAUUAUUUCAAUAAAUGUAGGAGAAAACAAAAUAUGCUCUGUGCAAACAGCCCCACCCCCUACUUUGAACACGCACCUGAUUCACGUAUUGAACUCUUUUAACAAUGAGAAAUAUUCAUUAAGCUACCUAUAUAUUUAAUAUUCAUUAAGUUACCUAUAUAUUUAAUGUUUAAGUGAGGAGGUUUGCAAUUCAAAGAAACUAGUUUUUAAUGUUUGAGAGUAUUUUUUAUGUGCGGGAGUUCGCAAAAUCAAAAAAAUUAAUUUCUAAUAUUAGAGAAUAUUUGUUAAGUGAGGAAGUUCGCAAAUCAAUGAAGUUUGUUUUUUGAAUUAUGUAUUUAAAUUUAUUUUAAAGAGGUGUAUAUGUGAAGGAGGAUAAUGUUAUUAAACUUGUUAUAUAUAGGAUAUGUGUUAUAUUAUAGAGGAAUAUAAGUAAAAAAGGUUCGCGAUCUCUCACGUUAUAAUAUCAAUGAUAUUUUUAUUUAUUUUUUAGUAUGUGGGGGUGGGGGGGGGUAUGUAUUUAAACUUGUUAUCUAGGAUAAGAUUAUUGUUAUAUAAGAAAACGUAAAUAAUAGAUAAUUAUAUAUAUCUUAUGGCAGCUUGUUUAUCAUGUUAAUCUAUGAGGUUUUAUCAAUUUAGAUAGAUAUAGUGUAAUCAUUGGUUUAUCAACUAUUAAUAAUUUUACAAUAAUAAAG